AUACAAUAAAAACUGUGAGCUGCGUCAGAUUAAAAAUAAAUCUUGGUUUGCAGAAUUAUUCUUUACCGACAGAGUUUUUUUACUCAUCUCAUAAUUUUUUAUUACUUGGUUAUGUUAACAUGUUUAUUUAUAAUUUAGAUAUUGUAAUGAAAAACACUCAGAGGCUAAUAUAAAAGUAAAAUUGCUUUUAAAUAAAAAAAAUUAGUGUUAAUUAAAUUAUUACUCCAGAGUAUUAAUCUAAAUUAUCAAUAAAAUUUUGUGAAAAAUGAGUGCUGAAACUUUGCCGUUCGAAAACAUUGUUGUUAAAGUUGAAAAAUGCGAAGAUGAGGAUUUCAAUCAACAAUGCCCUGAAAUUCAGGAAAGUUGUGAUGAACAUAAAGACCCUUUACACGAUUUCCCUAUAGACACUGAGGAAAUAAAGGUUGAGAUAUCUGAAGAUUCAGAACUUCCAGGAGACAUUGCUGAUGCAUCCAGUCUGAUAAAAAUAGAAGCUGAAGAAGCUAAAGAAUGUGCUAUAAAAACAGAACCACUAAGUUCGCCAAUUAACGCCAUGGAAAUGCUGGCUGAUUUGAGAAAAGUGGCCGGAAAGAAGCACCUGGUGAAGAGAAAAUGGAAGCGUCCCCGUAGCCAAAGAAUAAAGAAGGAUUGGUAUCCGAAGAAUUGGAUUUGUGAUGUUUGCUCUGCUAAAUUUGCUUUCAAAAGUGGUCUUGCAAGACACGAGGUCUCGCACACGGACGAUCGUCCUUUUGCUUGUACAAUUUGUUCCUGGACAUUUCGUUACCUGGAUAACUUGAACAGACAUCUACGAAUUCACGCGACCGGGGAACAAAAAGGAUAUAUUUGUGACGUCUGUUCCAUCGAAUGCAGCUCUGGGCGUGAAUUAGCAACCCACAAAAGGAGUCACCUAAAACCGAAACCUUUCAUGUGCAAGAUUUGUAAGUCUAGAUAUCAUACAGACAUAGGUUUGAGACUACACAUGCGGGUCCAUACUCACAAAUUUCCUUUUACUUGCGUAACUUGUUUGGCAACUUUUGACAAAAGGCUUCACUUAGUCAAUCACAUGAAGACUCAUAUCGGCGAAAAAAUUUCUGGGAAGAAAACUUUCGAUUGCCAAAUUUGUUCCUGGACAUGCAAUCGGAAGUUUCAGAUGACCAAACACAUGGAAAUGCAUGCUGGAGAAAAUCUUUUCACUUGUGAUGUCUGUUCUGCUAAAUUUCGCAAUAAAACGUCGCUGACUACUCAUAUGGCAUUUCAUAAGAAUGAAAAAUCUAAGUUAGUCAAUUCUAGAGGCUCAAAAGGUCGUCAGAAGAAAACUUCUUUGGAUAAGAGUCUGUCAGAGAAGACAAAUUUGAAGAGUCAAAAAACUGAAGUGAAAAAAUAAAUAUAAGUUAGUUUUUAAGAAUUUCAAAUUAUUAAAUUUCUUCUUGAAAAUAAUUUUUCAAAAACAAAUUAAAUUAAUUUUUAAUUUAAUAAUUUAAAUAGCAACCUUGCAAUCACUAUUUGACUGCCGUGACUUAUAAACUAUAAAUAAAUAAAAUUUUGCUUUAUUAA